AACGGCAUAAUUUUUACCUAUGCACCGAAAACCGCCUUUUCAUCAGCUCGGCAACAUCGGGCUUCGUUCGUUCCUUUCUCAUCCUCUUCAUCUGACGAUCGCCAUUACCGGAGCAAUGAAUUCUCUGUGGGAAGCUGCCAAGAGGAGCCCUUUCCUUACCAGUGCUCACUGCGAACCCAAAAUGACUACCGAUAACCAGUUGGUAGCCAACAGGAAUAUUGCUGCCGCUGCUGCUGAGACCUACAGCUGUGAAUAUGGUAGCUCGAAAUACUACGCAUUGUGUGGUGUUGGAGGACUUUUGUCCUGUGGUAUCACCCACACUUUGGUCACCCCUUUGGACAUGGUGAAAUGCCGUAUCCAGACCAAUCCAGCCAAGUACAAGUCUAUUGUUACGGGUUUCAAGGUAUCUGUUGCUGAAGAAGGCAUGAGAGGGCUUGUCCGAGGCUGGGCACCUACAGCAAUUGGGUAUUCUGCCCAGGGUGUCUGCAAAUUUGGAUUCUAUGAAGCUUUCAAAAUUGUAUAUGCCAAUGCUUUGGGAGAGGAGAAUGCUUACGUUUACCGAACUGGUUUGUACCUUGCUGCAUCUGCCUCAGCCGAAUUUUUCGCUGAUAUUGCUCUCAGCCCGAUGGAAGCCGUUAAAGUGCGUAUCCAAACCAUGCCCGGUUUCCCUGCAACCUUGAGAGCUGGAGCACCUCUUAUUUAUCAGCAGGAGGGCUUGAAUGGAUUCUAUAAGAGCCUUGUGCCACUAUGGAUGAGGCAGAUCCCCUACACCAUGAUGAAAUUUGCUUGCUUUGAAAAAACAGUCGAGCUGCUAUACAAGCACGUUGUACCUAAGCCCCGCGAACAGUGCACUAAGGGCGAACAGCUUGUUGUGACGUUCGCUGCAGGUUACAUUGCCGGUGUUUUCUGCGCUAUCGUGUCUCACCCAGCCGACACUGUAGUGUCGAAGAUGAACGCCUCAAAGGGAUCCACUGCUGGCGAGACUUUGAAGAAACUCGGUUUGAUGGGAGUCUGGCAAGGAUUGACGCCCAGGAUUAUCAUGAUUGGUACACUUACCGCUGCCCAGUGGUUCAUCUAUGAUGCCGUCAAGGUCUGGCUCGGUCUCCCCCGCCCACCUCCACCAGAGAUGCCCGAGUCCUUAAAGAAGAAGUUGGCUGCAGCCCAACAAUAGAAGAAUUCUGUACCUAAAACAAAUUUUAUUUGACGACAUAACAUCCGUUCGUCCGUACAAGCCGUUAUUAAAUAGUUCUGCCACCAGUA